AUGGUUACCGCAUCACAGUUCUUCACCGGCGAGGUGGCUGCAUUCGACGCGCAGCAGGUUGAGAUGCAAGUGCUGCGAAUCAAUGCGGCAGCGCUCAAUGUGCGGCGCUCAGAGUGCCUCACGCGGCAUAUGGACGAUUCGGCUGCGGACACUUGUGUCCACGCGCUACAUGUUGUCCACGUUGCACACGCUGCCAGCGAGCUCGACGCCUGUUUCGGUGGCGCAUUAGGACGCUAUGCCUGA